AUACUCACAACUCGCAACAUCCGCUCCCUGCGCUCUGCACGCAAACUCCAAACGAGAACAACUUUACAAGACUCUGUCUUUCUGAAGCAUUAACGACGAAAAAUCAAAAUGCCAAGAGCUUUUCUCGUGCGCAUGAAGCCUACUGCAGUUUCCAGCGAUGCUUCCCACCAGGGUGUUGAAAAGAGAAAUAAACAAGGAAAACAAAAUUCCUCCGUGCUAAGUUAUGAGAUCAGUUGUGGUUCUCCCGCUACAGAGAGCGACGAAGAGGCGAUUCUCCCACAACAAACUUCCAAAGAUGACUGUUAUUCACCGAAUACGUCUAACAACAACAAGGACCUCAAAGGUACAUUUCGAGAUGGAAGUGACUCUGAUGAGCAUGCGCAUGAUGCAGAUUACAAGGAAAACCCGGAUGAUGAGUCGAGCUCAGAGGAAGACACAGAUGAUGGGAACAUUAGCCAUAGCAGCCAGUCACAAGGCAGAUAUCCAACUUAUUCCACAGCUAUACCUAUUGGAUCUUGUGUAAGAUUUCUUCCAACAUUCUCCUCUUCCUCCGCGAAAGGACAUGAGGGCCCACAUUUGAAAUUCACACAGUUCCCUCUGUGGAACUGCCGGCAGCAGCCCAACAGUGGACUCGACCCAUUUGCACGGUGGAUGCAGCAAUGGACGGAGAUGAGAAGGCUUCAAAGCGAUCCAUCUGCCGGCUUGUAUCGAUUCUACAAUGCGCUGAAGACCCAGGAAGGACCAAAGUACGAAAUAAAUAAUAAAACAGACGAGGGGCUUCAGAAAGAAAAUGGCUGCUUACUAAACUGCGAAAGCGGCGCUGACUCGAACGGUGUUGCAAAAAAAGACAAGUUUAAGAUGCCUGAGUCAACAACAAGACAGUUGUACAACUGUCAAGUGUGUGAUAAGGUAUUCAACAACUCCAUCAGCUUAAAACAACACAUGAUAGUGCAUUCCAACAAGAAGCCAUUCCAAUGUAGGGUUUGCGGUAAAAGCUUCAAGCGCUCCUCGACAUUAUCGACCCACAUGUUGAUUCAUUCGGACACGCGUCCGUUUGAGUGUCAAUUUUGUGGCAAGAAAUUUCAUCAGAAGUCUGAUAUGAAGAAGCAUACGUACAUCCAUACAGGAGAGAAGCCGCACCAGUGCAACUUUUGCGGAAAGUCGUUUAGCCAGUCGUCAAAUCUGAUCACCCAUUGUCGGAAACACAAGGGCUUUCAACCAUUCUCCUGCGAUGACUGCGGCGUGUCCUUCAUGCGAAAAGUUGAUUUAAGAAGACACAUGUACAUCCACGAGCUGGAAAAUUGAAACGCUUGUUGUUUGCAGCAAUGACAUCAUCCAUAUUGUACCGAAACUGUAAAUGUGCCGCGUCCCAUUUCACAUGAAACUUUCAAGGGCUUUCUAUAUCGGUCAAUAUGGAAAAAUAUAUUUUGAUAUAGCCAGCAGAAAAGAGGCGAACAUGACAUUGUUGAAGCUGUAAAAAAGAACAUACUUUUCCAGAUGAGAAAAUCGUUCCUCAGUUGGAGCCUGAACCAAAAUCUUCGUUAUAGUGCAAUGUCAGUUGUUCGCUGGAGAGAAUUGGCCAUUUUUGUUGACAAAAACACAUUAGUCUUUCUUUAUCGUUCAGUGCGCUUGACUUCUCAGAAACAGUACACCCUUGAGAACAAUGGAAUACGUAAAGUUUGCCAUCAAAGAAACAUUAAAGAAACAGACACGCAAGCAUUCUGUCAUGUUGGUUUUGUGCCAGAUCGGUCACGGUAGAAAAGUGGACUUACAUUCCAGUUUCGAAAGCAGGAACACUCCAAACAACAUCAUUAGAAUUCAUCCUAAACUAUGAAGCUCAUUUGUAAGAAAAAUCUAUACCUCACGAGGAUUUAAAUUAGUAGAGAGAUUUAACAUUGUGUUCAAGUGAAACGUGAGCAGCAAGAGUGACCAAGUGACCUUGUUUUUCCCGCCAUUUUUCAAGUUUGCUGGUUGCGCUUUGCCGUUUCUGCGUGAAAGUAACUUGUUUUGCGUUUGCUGCAUACGUAAGAUUUUCUUCACUUUUUCCAUCUCAGAGUAAAAGUUAAUUGAACACCAAAACUAUUUUUUGUAAGUCAUACAAGGACGCCUUCAAAUUCACCAUGACGUUAGCUCACGCAAAACUAAACCAGCAGGGUUCACGCUAUUUUACGUGAAACGUGAAAGGACAAGCUGACGUGAAAGGACAAGCUGACGUGAAAGGACAAGCUGACGUUUGCUUUUUCGCUUAAAUCCGGUGCCAAAUCUCUGUUUUUGUCUCAUUAGGAUGCUUUAAUGUCCAUGUAGAAGAACAGCCUACAAUCUUUUAAGCUUAGGUUACUUAUAUUCCAAGCAAGGGGCAUAAAAUACACAGCAUAUCUUUUAAACAGCAUAAAAGUAACAAUAUUUAUAUCAAUGUUUGUAAUUUUACAUUUUUAAGGAAGAGUAGAGUUUUUUUUAGCAAAGUUUUAUGAUAUUAUUUAUUAAUACAACAAUUUAGGUAAAUUUAGUUAAAAUUGUAUAAUUUUUGUCUCAACGUAAAUCUAUGAUGAUCUUAUGAGUGCCAGCGUUGAAAAUUCUCAGUAAAGCCGCUUUUCUCGCCAA